GCAAACAUGUUGGUUUUAUUGGGACUCUUGUUUGUUGCAGUCGUAGCAAAUGGUGAAUCAGUUCACCAUUUAAACCUUAACCUCGAAGAAGCUCUACACAAUGGGAAACCCUUGGACCGUUUCUGGACCAGUACCGGACUGUGUCCGCCGGCGCCGAGGGAACGUGCGGCGGAGUUUUUGCUUUCCGAAUAUAGUUUACGCAAUUUGGAAAUUAUUGGCGCGUUGCCAAACCGGGGGAUCAAGCACGUGAGGAUUCACUGGCUGUUGGAAAUGAUACGAUUUUCCCACUACGACGACAAAAAGACGAUAUUUUACGACUUCUCUAAACUAGAUGCCUUCCUUGACAAACUGAACGAGUUUGGCCUAUAUCCGGGCUUUGAACUGAUGGGCGUCCCCCAGGGCAUCUACGAAAGGGAGAGCAAGCGUCGAUUCGGUUACUUUUGGGCCGAUUUGACGAUGCAAUUGGCAGCGCGGUAUCUUCAUCGUUACGGAAUGAAGUACGUUCUGGAGUGGAGAUUCGAAACGUGGAACGAACCUGACUUGAAAGGCUACAACGUGUUGAACUUCACCACUGAAGAAUACAUCAGCUACGUUCAAUCAACCCGACUGGGACUGGACGCCGCUGGUCGGCUGUUCAACAACCUGCUGCACAUUCCGCUGCGAGGUCCAGCUGGAUUGUUCAAAGCGGAAUUGCAUCACCCGUUCUGUUGGGGGAUUUUGGAGCUCUGCAACGAACGGCCCCACAAGUGUCCCUUCGAGGUGUUGAGCUUCCACCGGAAAGGAAGUGGUGCCAGGGCGGAUGAAAUUCUCGACGGAGGUUUGCAGUUGAUGGACCAGAUUUGGGAGCGAUUUCCUAAUUUGAGUGGGUUUAGAGUUUCUAAUGAUGAAGCCGAUCCCAUCGCCGGUUGGUCAACCCCUCGCGAAUUUCAAUCCAACCUUAAAUACGGAGCCAUGCUAGUAUCAACGGUUCUUCAACAUUGGUCAGCUAAAUUUCAGGGUCGUUUCGCCAACUUGGAGUCAAUUUCGCACGAUAAUGCCUUCCUCAGCUAUCAUCCGUUUGAGUUUGAUCAGCGAACUCUGUUGGCACGAUUUCAAAUGAACGAAACUCACCCACGAGAGAUUCAAUUCGUGGCAAAACCAGUUUAUUCGGCGCUAGGAAUGUUGGCCAGCUUGGGACCUCUAGUGACUGACGUUACAUUUGAAAAAGACAAUCUUAGUUACGUCAUUUCGUACGAUUUAGAACCAUUUUACUCGAGUAUUCUCCUAACGCAAUCAAAUGACACCUUUGAUCCAGUCAUAAAGAGGACCACCCUAACAAUGAACAUCACGCUUCCUGUAUCCAGAUCAAGAAUCGCCUACGUCGUCGAGGGACUUCAAGCUGGAUUGAACGAUCCGAGUGGCGUAUGGAAUUUCUACGGAAAGCCACCCUAUCCGACGAGGGAGCAGUUUGCUGAAAUGAGAUCUGCUCAGUUUCCCAGUUUGAUUUUUGGGCCUAGAACUUUGGAAAGCGGUGCUAAAAUGAUUUCGAUUGUUCUAAGCUUGCGAAUUCCAUGGAUAGUGAAUGUGCGGUUUUGUAGUGAAAAAAUUGAGCCCACAGGGAUAAUAAAUGUUCGAAUUAGAAAAGUUAAUAGCGAUGAGGUUGUUAUUUUCUGGAGUGACGCUGUCAAGCAUUUAAGUUCCAGGUGCAUCCUUACUUACGAAGUUUGGCAUCGAAAUAACGAUAUGGAAUGGAAGCAAGUAAACAAGGAUAAUCAUACUCCGUUUAUGUUUUACCAAUUUGUUGUAGCAGAGGCAGGUUCAACUGGAGGACAUUACCGGGUGCGUUCGGUUGAUUUGUUUGGACGCGUUGGCGCUUUUUCGAAAACUCAUUAUUAUGAUGGCUGAUUUUUAAUUAUUUCGGACUUUUAAUUUUGCCACUGCGUACUGAAUUAAUUAGGCCUGUGGAGUGUGAGGAACGACGACCGGCUCCCGGUGUGGUGCUGUUGAUGAAGUUGGACACAGGUUCUUGGGAUGGGGCUGUUUGCGCUGGUGGUUUAAUAAAAAUAAAA